CUAAAGCAUAGAGAAAACCAAGGAGGAGGAAGAGAGGAGUUGAAGGUAAAGCAGAGAGAGAUUGGUGGUGGUAGGAAAAUAGAAGUACAACCUGUCCUAAACUUGGACUUGGUGAUUGAGGAACUAAAAAGAACAAACAACUCUUGGUUUGGAUAUUGUGGACACUAACAACUUGUUAGUCUUGCUCUUGUCUGAGACCUGUGAGGACUGAUUCAGAUCUGGUUCUGGUGUGGAAAUGGACCUUCUUCUGAUAAGUUUUGGAAUACUGCUCUGCUGCAACCUCUCUGCACAAAAUCUGGACCCUUCUGGAAAAAAUGUUUGCCAGGAUCUCAGAGACCCUUCCACCCUUGUAUGUUGUAAUGGGUGGAGACAAGAAGGAGAGGAGUGCACAAUACCUAUCUGUGAGGGCGAGCGAACCUGUCAAAAAGAUGAGAUCUGUGUGUACCCGGGAGUGUGUCGCUGUCCGCCAGGCUUCUACGGGGCCAACUGCAAGACACGCUGCCCACCAGAAUUCUGGGCACCAGACUGUCGCAAGGUAUGCCAAUGCCACCCACAUGGGCACUGCGACGCCGUCACUGGUGAGUGCACAUGCCUCCCCAACCGGUGGGGCCCAUUGUGCCAGUACGCUUGCAAGUGUACUCGCCACGGACAGUGUAACCCAGUCUAUGGCAACUGCACCUGUGAUGAGGGCUGGUGGACACCCACAUGUGCCAAGACGUGUCAGUGUUCGCAGAAUGCCCUGGGUGCCACCUGUGACCAGCUGACAGGCGGGUGCCAGUGUGCCCCUCGGUACUGGGGACAAAAAUGCGCCCUGCGCUGCAAUUGCUACCUUUCGCCAUGUCAACAGAGGAUGGGCACCUGUGAGUGUGAGUCUGGCUGGUGGGGGCCAGCAUGUGACCGGCACUGCAACUGCGAUAUGGAACACAGCAACUGUGACCCUAACAGCGGGGACUGUGUGUGCCUGCCUGGGUAUAAGGGCGAGUACUGUAACAUGCCCUGUGAUGCUGGGGAGUAUGGUAGCAGGUGUAAACUCAGUUGUGGUCAUUGUAAAGGUGGCCAGCCGUGCUCUGUUGUGGAUGGGACGUGUGUUGCCUGUGAGUCGGGAUGGAAUGGCACACGGUGCAACAUCAAGUGCCCGUACGGUCACUAUGGUGACCAGUGUCAGGAGAAGUGCCCUCACUGUAGGAACAGUGAACCAUGUGACCCCACAACAGGGAAGUGUUGGCGUUGCGACCCAGGUUGGACUGGACCUAACUGUGACCAGCCCUGUACUGACAGGACGUUUGGGGAUGCCUGCCGCUCCCUGUGCAGCCCCUGUUUCCAUGGCCAUUGUGAUCAUGUGACAGGAAGAUGUGUCUGUAAGCCUGGCUUCCAGGGAGAGAGCUGUAACAGCACAUGUCCUGAUCACCGGUAUGGCCUCAACUGCUCUUCAGAAUGUGACUGUGGAGAGGAUGUCACCUGCACCCCAGCCACAGGCACCUGUCCACACAGUGGCCGUGGGGCUCUUGUUGCUGGCCUGCUGGUCCCCCUGCUGCUGGUGAUGCUAGCCCUGGUCUUCUGUUGUUGCUGCUGUGGUGGAGGGCCCGCAGAUCGCAAAGAGAGGGUAAACGUAGCUGAUGGAGUUACUUCUUCUUCUCGUAUGAAACACCAUGUGUACAACGUCCUGGCCAAUGUGAGCUCAGCCGUGCCCUGUAUGUCUGUCUGGUCUUCAGGCCUGCCCAGAGUGACAGUUUCUCACCAUGAUCCGGAGAUGAACUUCAACCACAGCUUUAUUGAGCCUCCGUCCUCGGGCUGGGUCACAGAGGGCUCGUCCUUCGAUAGCGACGAGGAAGAAGGGGAGGCUCUGUACUGUGUCCCACCCAGGGAAGACAUCCCAUCGAUGGUGGGAGGUGAGUUCCAGGAGAUGAGCUCCAAGUGCAACAUGUUCCUUGAUCCAUCUGGCUUUAGCAGUGAAGACAUGUCCCUGCCCUUUGCCAUCCCUCGCACCUCCAGCAUUGCCAAGUCAAAGAGGCCCUCAGUCUCUUUCGCAGAGGGCACACGCUUCAGCCCCAAGGAGCGUCGUAGUUCCACCCAGGACCUGGCAUGCCCCGGGGCCCCCCGCACCAAGCCCAAGACGGCCUGGGGCGUCCUGGUGCUCUCUGCUCUCCAAGCGCAGGGAGGAGGAGGGAAACCAGGGGAAGACAGCUUAGCUGAUGGGGGGCAGAUGGGUGAGGACAAAAGUGGCAUGUUGGACAACCAAGGCUCCAACAGCGAUGGAGGGGAAGACUCUGACACAGAAAGGUACAGCUCCACCCCUUCUUGCUCCACCCUUCAAGUCCCUGGGGCGGUCGGGCGAAGACGCACCAUGUCGAAUGCUGCUGCCUGUAAGGCUCAAACACCAACGCCAGCAUCUGAUGCUCACGAGGCAGACACAGGCGCAGAUAAGAUCACCACUGUGUAUGUGACUGUGGGUAAGACUGGCAGGCCCACAUCUAAAGUGGAACCCACCUCUGAAGGUCCCGUUCAGGCCAUGCUACGACGGCUAGGCAGCCUCCAGAGACAGAAAGACCAGGAGGCUGGGAGGCCCAAGACAAAAGCGGUGGAGAGCAUCACCAAGCCUCCCAGGAGGAAACUGGGCACCCGGGCUAGCGUUUGGGAGCAGGGGACCCCAGUGGUAGCAGAGGUGACCAUGAGAAAGCCCAGUAGGAGAAAGCUGACACAACCCAGCUCCUCUGGAACAAUAGGCUCAACUGACAAUCCGCCACCUGAUGGCGCCACUCCCAAAAGGCCGCUUUCCUCCAUUUUAAAGCGUGUGCUGGUUGCAAGAGGUGAAGAGGUCAAGCUGGAGGGCGCUGAUGCUGGGACGGAACAGAGUGAGAGUGGGUACCUGACGGUGGGACCUGUUACGGACGCUGUUAGUUUUAGUGAGGUCAUUGCUAACCAAGGCCUGGUGGUCAAUGUGGAAAAUGAGCCCAGUUAUGAGAAUGUUCUGAUAAACAAUUCAUAACGACUUUACAGCCUCUACGGUAUUUUGGUCAGAAACUGUUUUAAAGACUUGAAAAACAAAAGAAAAGGCUGAUCAUUUGUGUCUU